ACUCGCACAAAACUCUGGCCAAAAAAAAACCUAAUUGGCGAAACCAAACCAAACCAAACCGAAGCCAGCUGCUCAUCUUCCUUCUUCGACUCUUUCGCUGGAAACGCGAAUGCAUAAAAUGUCCGAACCGCACCCAGUGCCUAUAAAACCACAACUCGGAACCGCAGAGAGCUACAUCGAAGAGAACCCGAAGAGGCUGUCGCAACAGCCUUCUAAGGUCGUCGUUUUAGCCGACCUCAACGUCAACCCUCCUGAAGCGGACGGCGACGACUCCGUCCACGUGUCCGCCCCAGACCUUACUAGGUUGAAUAAUGAUGAGAGCAGUCAAGACAAGAAUACAGUGAUUUGCAAUGACUUUGAGACCAUGGAAGGUGAAGUUAAACGUUCGAACAAAUCGGGGAAAUGCCGUUCAAGGAAUAGUAAGGCAGAUUGCUCUCUUGAUUAUGGACCAGAUGGUGAUGGCGAGCAGCAUGUUCAAGGGGCUCCUUCUUCGCGUGAGGAAAAAGUUAGCAGCCUAAAAACUGGGUUAGUUCAUGUCGCAAGGAAGAUGCCCAAAAAUGCUCAUGCUCAGUUUAUACUUGGCCUAAUGUACCAAAGGUUGGGUCAACCUCAGAAGGCUGUAUUGGCGUAUGAGAAGGCGGCGGAGAUCUUGCUCCGCUCUGAGGCAGAGAUCGAUAGGCCAGAUUUACUUUCGUUGGUUCAAAUUCACCAUGCACAGUGUCUUAUACUAGAGAGUUCAGUGGAUAACAAUUCAGAUAAAGAACUUGAACCUAAAGAGCUUGAGGAGACUCUUUAUAAACUGAAGGAGUCAAUGCGAUCGGAUAUGAGACAGGCUGCUUUAUGGAAUUCUCUAGGCUUGAUACUUCUUAAAACUGGUCGUCUACAGAGUGCUAUUAAGGUUCUAUCAUCUUUGUUGGCUGUUGCCCCAGACAACUAUGACUGCCUUGGAAACCUUGGAAUUGCUUACCUUCAAUGUGGAAACUUGGAUCAAUCAGAAAAAUGCUUUCAAGAGUUGAUCCUAAAAGAUCAAAAUCAUCCUGCAGCCCUAAUCAACUAUGCAGCCCUUCUUUUGUGUAAAUAUGGCUCAGUUGUAGCAGGUGCUGGGGCAAAUGCUGGUGAAGGUGCUGCUGUAGAUCAGGUUACAGCUGUCAGUGUUGCAAAGGAAUGUUUGCUAGCAGCAUUGAAAGCAGAUCCAAAAGCAGCGCAUAUAUGGGCGAACCUUUCUAAUGCAUAUUAUAUGACUGGUGAUCAUAGGAGUUCUGGAAAGUGCUUGGAGAAGGCAGCAAAAUUUGAACCCAAUUGUAUGUCUACACGAUAUGCUGUUGCGGUUCACCGAAUCAAGGAUGCAGAAAGGUCUCAGGAUCCUAGUGAACAGCUUUCUUGGGCUGGAAAUGAAAUGGCUUCAAUAAUAAGAGAUGGGGAUCCUGUUCUGAUUGAUCUUCCCGUGGCAUGGGCAGGGCUUGCCAUGGUUCACAAAGCACAACAUGAGAUUGUUGCUGCAUUUGAAACUAAACAGAAUGAGUUGAUGGAGGUGGAAGAUCGCGCUGUUAACAGUUUAAAGCAGGCCGUAGCAGAGGAUCCAGAUGAUGCUGUGCAGUGGCACCAGCUUGGCCUUCAUAGCCUGUGCAGUCGACAAUUCAAAAUAUCACAGAAGUUCCUCAAAGCUGCCGUUGCGCGAUUGAAAGAGUUAAGCUUUGCAUGGUCAAAUCUUGGUAUCUCACUGCAACUAUCGGAGGAGCCAUCACAAGCCGAAGAAAUGUAUAAGCGGGCCUUGGCAUUGGCAACAACUGAGCAAGCACACGCUAUAUUUUCCAACCUCGGAAAUUUGUACCGCCAGCAAAAACAAUAUGACCGUGCGAAAGCAAUGUUUACAAAGUCACUUGAGCUGCAGCCUGGUUAUGCUCCGGCAUUCAACAAUCUGGGUCUUGUAUUUGUAGCCGAGGGUUGCUCGGAGGAAGCGAAGUAUUGUUUUGAAAAAGCCCUCCAGGCAGACCCAUUGCUGGAUGCAGCCAAGUCCAACAUGAUUAAAGCAGAGUCCAUGUCUAGACUGUGUAACGGUUUCACCUCAUGUCUUCAUCGGGACUAAUAUUUACUGUAGUGAAGGUGAUCAUGAAAUUUGAUUGUAAAACUGUAUAUCGUUGAAAAAGGAAAUCUGAUAGAGCAUGUCUUUCGCUCCACCCUUGUGCUAUGUUUUUAACUGAAAAAUAUUCUUCAUUGUUCUCGCAGAGUGCGAAAUUCUAUUAGUUACCUUUAGCAUGAAGCAUCA